GUGUAGUCCUUUACCUUUACGAAAGAUUGAGAUAAAUGUAUAUAGCUACCAUCAUGUCUUCCUUUUAUCAAAUAAAUAACUAGGUUUACAAUCGAAUGCUAUGUCUGAAUUGUUAAACACAUUUUUCAAGAUUUGUACAGUAGCUAGCUAGAUGUAAAUACAUCGACAGUAACCUGGCAGUAAUAGCAGUUAAAACAAGGGGUUGAAAGAACGUUGCAUUUGCCCUUUAGUGGUAUUUCUCGCUACUACUAGCCACUUGCAGCUAGCGACAUUUGGUCAACGAUAUAUUAUAUUCCCGGAAGAUAGAUAUCUCAAUGAUAUCCCAACUGAACUGGUAAGUAUAAACAGAAAACGGAUCAUCCCCUAUUGUUGGAGUGGUAAGCCCUUAACUCAGAAUGCACUCUGAUCUGUCGCCUCACCUGCACACGGAUGACUGCAACAUACUGAUAAAUCUGCUGAAGCAGUGUCACACGGAGCACAAUGUCAAGAAGUUCUUUGGCCAUUGCAAUGAUAUGGACCGUGCCAUGAGAGCUUGUUUGAAGGACGAGCGAAUUGCAAAGAGGGACAAAAGCAAACAACAUGCUAAAGAGAUGAGACAGAGGCUGAAAGACGGCCCUAAGGAAGACUUCUGAAUGGCAGUAGACUGAGCCGAUGCCCUAGGAAGGGCCACAGGAACUGGGUAUUGGAGGACUUGGGAUUUACUGGGGCCUACCAUGAGAAGCCUACUUUACUGCCUGUAUAUCUGGCCACAAGAGGUCUCUCAUAAUGUUGGUUUCAGUAUGUGUGUUGGGUGGGGUGGAUUGUCAUAGACAGUGGUGGAUGAUAAUUUCGCUACUCAGUGAUCAGAACACAUGUGGGGUGGGGGGUGUCUGUUUUGAGGACUGCUAUCAUGGUUGAUUACAUAUUUAAAGGACUUAACAAAAUAAUUGUUUUACAUUGUCUGAGUUUCUGACUGGGGAAUGACAAUGAUGAAUGAACACUGGAUUUCUAUUGAAUAAAGUUUACCAAAACACA